AUGUUGACCCCGCUGUCGCUGCUAGUGAGUAUCAAGAAUCCUUUGCUUGAGCGGUUUGACAAGUACCCCGAUGAUGACGAGAUGCCAGAACUUCCACAUGGUGCCAAAAUAGUGUCAACCGAGAAUCAUGGGUUCAGCUUCCGGGCCACAACCAUGCGCAUUGAUGUUGAGUUGGCGAACGGAUCACCUCAGACAUUGUUUAUGAAGGUUCUGUUAGAGGAGAGAGGCAGAGCGAUGGUUCAGGGCGAGUUUGAGUCUAUGGCUGCGAUUUAUAAUCUCAUCCCUGAUUCUGUUCCGAAGCCGAUCGGCUGGGGUACAUAUGAGACAAUACCCGAUACACACUUUUUCUUAUGUGGAUUCAAGGAUAUCGAUCAAGAGUUGCCAGACAUGCGCCAGUUUACCAGGUGCCUUGCAGCCCUACAUCAGAAUAGCAAAUCACCAACUGGGAAGUUUGGAUUCUACGUCCCUACUUAUAACGGCAACCUGUCGCAGCAUACUGAGUGGUCGGAUAGUUGGGAGACUUUCUUUGCGAAAUCAAUGCGACACGCACUCGCGCAUGAGAUUUCAGCUAAGGGUCCCAGCGAGGAAAUCGAAGUGCUGAGUACUGCUAUAUUUGACGAGGUGAUCCCACGUUUGUUGCGACCACUCGAAAGUGAAGGUCGAUCUGUCAAGCCCUGUUUGAUGCAUGGUGAUUUAUGGUAUGGGAAUACUGGGAAGAAUGCCAUCACAAAAGAUCCCAUUAUGUUUGAUGCCUGCUCGUUCUACGCUCACAAUGAAUAUGAACUUGGGCAAUGGGCACCAGUUUGCAACCGGUUUGGUUUCGAGUAUGUCGAAGGGUAUCAUUCACACUUCCCCAUAUCAUCUCCGGUGGAGGAUUACCAAGGUCGCAUCGAUCUCUAUAAACUGUGCGUGUAUACCAUGAGUUCCCGUUUCCGUAUGCCAGAUAACUUACCUUGA